CCACGUCCUGCGAUAGUGCGCUUCUCCUUUCUCUUCUUCUUCUUCUUCUUUUUCUACCACUACUUUUUCAGGUCUUUUGAAGAAGAGCCAUCUUGUUUCAAUUGCUUCCUGUCCCUCCUUUAUUUUCUUUCUUACAGCAAGAAGAAGCAAGCGCCAUUGCGAAGACCCGUUGUUGUUUGGCGCGACUCUUGUCUUCAGGCCCAGGAUCAGCUUCAGGAUCCAGUCACACGACCAGUUCAGACUCAUUUCCGAACGCGCCGAAGUCACCAUGGACACCGCGACCUCCGCUACCUUCUACGAGCAUUUGCCGCUGCCGACCAUCGACCGGCCCUUCGGAAUCCAACUAUGGCCUAUCUUUAGCAAGGUCUGGGAGGCUUUGGUUGGCUACCCGGCCGAGGACUUCAGGUUCCAGGCUGGCACCACGCCCAUGUCUACGCUCAAGGAGACUGGCAUCUUCGUCAUCUGCUACUACAUCGUCAUCUUUGGUGGCCGUGAAUGGAUGCGCAAGAAGGAUUCCUUCCAGCUUAAGACGCUCUUUCUGAUUCACAACUUCAUCCUCACGGCUGUCUCCGCUACCCUCCUCGCCCUCUUCGUCGAGCAGAUUCUGCCCACUGUGGUCCGCAAGGGCAUCUUUUACGCCAUCUGCGACUAUGACGGUGGCUGGACGCAGCCUCUUGUUGUCCUGUACUACUUGAAUUACCUCACCAAGUACGUCGAGCUUCUGGAUACCGUCUUCCUCUUCCUUAAGAAGAAGCCUCUGACCUUCCUCCAUUGCUACCACCAUGGCGCCACCGCUGUCCUUUGCUACACUCAGCUUCUCGGUAGCACCCCUGUAUCUUGGGUCGUCAUCACACUCAACUUGACCGUCCACGUUGUCAUGUACUGGUACUACUUCCAGAGCGCCCGUGGAGUCCGGUGCUGGUGGAAGGAGUGGGUCACUCGUCUCCAGAUCAUUCAGUUCAUUAUCGACCUCGGCUUCGUCUACUUCGCGUCGUACACGUACUUCACGUCGACCUACUUCAGUUGGAUGCCCAAUGCCGGCAAGUGCGGAGGUGAGGAGUUUGCUGCUUUCUCUGGAAUCGGCGUCUUGACUUCGUACCUCGUGCUCUUCAUCUCUUUCUAUCUCGCCACAUACAAGAAGGGCGGCAAGGGUGACCACCGCAAGGGCCUCCGCCGCAUGUCUCAGGCUCCUCUGCCCGACCCCCACGACCUCCUUGCCAAGAAGGGCCCGAUCAUCAACGGCGAUGCCAAGACCACCGGGGCCAAGGUCACCAACUCGACUACCCGGUCCCGAAAGGCAUAA